CACACUGACCCACUUCAUGACAGCAGAGGUUAUAUAGCACUUACCAGCACUAGCGUCAUCUAACAGCAUUUACAAGAUCUAUAUACCCUGACAUUAGCAUGAAACAUAUAAAUCCUUUUAUUCUGCUGAGAUCCUAGUGUCUAAAGCGCUUAUUGAAAGAGAAAGAUCUGUUGUACAGUUACUCGGACACAGAGUUCCAAUCUGUUUUUAAAUAUGUCCUGUGCUUGCGGACCUACAGCGAGAGUCAUUAUAAAGUCAGUUCAUAAAGGUUUUUCUUGUUCUCGGGUUCAGCUCUUUGCUCACAGUAGACCAGUGUGUCAUGAAGUUCAUCUGCCGCCAGUCAUACACGUGAAAUGGUUUUCACAGACAGCAGUGGGUUUUGCCUCUAAAGACUCCACGCCCAGAGACAAUGAUGGAGGAAAGAAGAGUGUAAGUGAUGUCGGUGGAAAGCGGGCGUCUGGCACGGGAGGAUCAGGUAAAGGUGGCAGUCAGCUGAGAUGCCCCAAAUGUGGCGAAACCUGCACACACGUGGAGACUUUUGUAUCCUCCACGCGCUUUGUGAAAUGUGAAAAGUGCCAUCACUUCUUUGUGGUUCUGUCUGAGACCGUGUCUAAGAAGGGUUUGAAUAAGGAGGCAGAAACCACCUCGGAGCACGCUAAAAUUGCUUUUGCUCAAAAACUCCCUCCACCUCCUAAAAAGAUUUAUGCCUACCUCGACAAAUACGUUGUCGGCCAGUCAUAUGCCAAGAAAGUGUUGGCAGUAGCCGUGUAUAAUCAUUACAAGAGGAUCUACAACAACAUCCCAGCGGCGGCCCGACAGCAAGUGGAAGCUGAGAAACAGAGUUCACUCACUCCGAGAGAACUAGAGAUCAGAAGACGUGAAGAUGAAUACAGGUUUACAAAGCUGCUUCAGAUAGCUGGGAUCAGUCCCCAUGGCAACGCUCUGGGUGCAUCUGUCCAACAACAGACCAAUCAGCAAGCUCCUCAGGAGAAAAGGGGCGGGGAAGUGCUUGACUCCACCCAUACUGAUAUUAAAUUGGAGAAGAGCAACAUUGUGCUGCUGGGACCUACUGGAUCAGGUAAAACCCUAUUGGCACAGACUCUGGCUAAAUGUUUGGAUGUGCCCUUCGCUAUCUGCGAUUGUACCACCCUGACCCAGGCUGGUUAUGUGGGGGAGGACAUUGAAUCCGUUAUUGCCAAACUUCUGCAGGACGCCAAUUACUCAGUGGAUAAAGCCCAGCAAGGGAUAGUGUUCUUGGACGAGGUGGAUAAGAUCGGCAGUGUGCCUGGCAUUCAUCAGCUCAGAGAUGUUGGGGGUGAAGGAGUUCAGCAGGGUUUGCUGAAACUCCUUGAGGGAACCAUCGUUAAUGUUCCAGAGAAGAACAGCAGGAAGUUGAGAGGAGAGACUGUGCAGGUGGAUACAACCAACAUCCUGUUUGUGGCAUCAGGUGCCUUUAAUGGGCUGGACAGGAUUAUCAGCUGCAGGAAAAAUGAGAAGUAUCUUGGUUUUGGUGCACCAUCUAACCUGGGCAAGGGACGUCGAGCUGCAGCAGCUGCAGAUUUGGCCAACAGCUCAGGGAAUGAGUUAGACGCCAUGGCAGAGAUUGAGGAGAAGGACCGGCUCCUGAGGAACGUUGAGGCACGAGACCUCAUUGAGUUUGGCAUGAUCCCGGAGUUUGUGGGCCGUCUGCCUGUGGUGGUGCCACUGCACAGUCUGGACGAGCAGAUGCUGGUGCAGAUUCUUACAGAGCCUCGUAAUGCUGUGGUCCCCCAGUAUCAGGCACUCUUCAGUAUGGAUAGAUGUGAGUUGAAUGUAACUCCAGAUGCUUUGAGGGCAAUCGCUCGUCUGGCACUGGAACGGAAAACAGGUGCCAGAGGCCUUCGCUCCAUCAUGGAGAAGCUCCUGCUCGAGCCCAUGUUUGAGGUCCCUCACUCGGACAUCAUGGCUGUUGAACUGACUAAGGAGGUGGUCCAGGGCAAGUGUGAACCACGCUAUAUUAGAGCUCCUCCUAAAGAAACUGAGGAAGAGUUUGACUCCGGCAUUGAGGAAGAGAACUGGCCCAGACACGCCGACGCUGCUAACAACUGAACGUGAAGUUGCCCAUUUAAGAUCAUGCUAUUAUUACUCCAGACAGCAAACUUCUGAAUCACCAUAAAGUACCAUAAAGCUGGACCUGAGCAGAGAACAGUGUUUUUCAUAGACUUUUACAAACACUUAAAUGACAGCACAACAAACAUCAGUUUUACCCAUUAAUACACAUGACUUGUGUAUUAACACAACGAGAAAAGACAUGAAAAGUAUUGUUUAAAAAACAGUUACACUAAAAUAGUGAAGCUCUGUCAAAUUUUCAAUCUAUGGGGAUUGGUAACAUUUCUAUCUGUCUAAAGAUAAUUUCUUAUAAAGACUUUAGAGUGGAUUUCUGUCAGUGUUUGUGGGACAUUAGAAGGGAAGCAUACUGAUUAUGUGAAUCUGAAUUUGAGUAUUUCUGGUGCAUAAUACACCUCUCACAUGGGCCAUUUCAACGGGAUGCCAUUUACCAGACUGAUAUCACAGCUGUGGGAUUUUCUUAAGGCUCUUUUUUAACCAUGAUGUGAAUAUCUAAAACACAAACCUCAGUGAAUGGUGUUAAACAGAUGUAGUUUGUAUGAUUUACAAUUUGGGACAAUCUGUAGUUUAAAAGCUGAACAAAUACAAUUGUAUAAUAAAGUAAAGCACAAUGUUUCCGUUCGAUAGUCAUAAAUAUAUAUAUAUAUAGUUGUUUACAUACAUCUUAACCAAUUACAUUAAACUCAGUUUUUCACAAUUCCUGAUAUUUAAACAUAGAAAACAUUCUCUGUCUUAGGUCAGUUAGGAUCACAAGUUUAUUUUAAGAAUGUGAAAUAUCAGAAUAAUAGAAGAGAGAAUGAUUUAUGUCAGCUUUUAUUUCUUUCAUCACAUUCCGAUUGGGUCAGAAGUUUACAUACACUUUAGCCAAAUACAUAUUAACCCAGUUUUUCACAUUUUCAUGACAUUUAAACAUAGAAAACAUUCUCUGUCUUAGGUCAGUUAGGAUCACUACUUUAUUUUAAGAAUGUGAAAUGUCAGAAUAAUAGUCGAGAGAAUGAUUUAUGUCAGCUUUUAUUUCUUUCAUCACAUUCCGAUUGGUUCAGAAGUUUACAUACACUUUGUUAGUAUUUGGUAGCAUUACCUUUAAAUUGUUUAACUUGGGUCAAAUGUUUUGGGUAGCCUUCCACAAGCUUCUCGCAAUAAGUUGCUGGAAUUUUUGGCACAUUUCUCCAAACAGAACUGGUGUAACUGAGUCAGGUUUGUUGGCCUCAUUGAUCACACAUGCGUUUUCAGUUCUGCCCAAAAUUUUCUAUCAGAUUGAGAUCAAGACUUUGCGAUGACCACUCCAAUACCUUGACUUUGUUGUCCUUUGGAGGUGUGCUUGGGGUCAUUGUCCAUGUGUGACCGAGCUUUAACUUCAUGGUUGAUGUUGCUUCAAUAUAUCUACAUCAUUUUCCUUCCUCAUGAUUCCAUCUAUUUUGUGAAGUUCACCAGUCCCUCCUGCAGCAAAGCACCUCCAAAACAUGAUUCUGCCACCCCCAUGCUUCACGGUUGGGAUGGUGUUCUUCGACUUGCGAGUCUCACCCUUUUUCCUCCAAACAUAAUGAUGGUCAUUAUGACCAAACUGAUCAAUUUGUGUUUAAUAAGAGCAGAGGAAAUUUCUCCAAAAAGUAAGAUCUUUGUCUCCAUGUGAACUUGCAAACUGUAUUCUGGCUUUUUAUGGUGGUUUUAGAGCAUUGGCUUCUUCCUCGCUGAGCAGCCUUUCAGGUUAUGCCAAUAUAGAACAUGUUUUACUGUGGAUAUAGAUACUUGUCUACCUGUUUCCACCAGCAUCUUCACAAGGUCAUUUCCUGUAGUUCUGGGAUUGAUUUGCAUUUUUUGCACCAAACUAUGUUCAUCUCUAGGAGACAGAAUGCUGCAUCUUCCUGAGUGGUAUGAUGGUGUUUAUAAUUGCAUACUAUUGUUUGUACAGAUGAACAUGGUACCUUCAGGCAUUUGGAAAUUGCAUCCAAGGAUAAACCAGUCUUGUGGAGGUCCUCAAAUGGUUUUUCUGAGGUCUUUGCUGACUUGUUUAGAUUUUCCCAUGAUGUCAAGCAAAGAGGCACUGAGUUUGAAGGUAGGCCUUAAAAUACAUCCACAGGUACACCUCCAAUUGACUCAAAUUAGCCUAUCAGAAGCUAAUUGUCUAAAGGUGAAAAAUUGACAUAAUUGUAUGGAAUUUUCCAAGAUCCUUAAAGGCUCAGUUAAUUUGUGACCCACUGGAAUUGUGAUUUAGUCAAUUAAAUGUGAAACAUUCUGUCUGUAAACAAUAUAUAAUAAGAAUUCCUUACAUUUAUAUAGCAUUUUUCUAGGCACUUUCUAAGUGCUUUACACUUUAUAUAGGGGGAAUCUCCUCAACCACCAGCAGUGUGCAGCAUCCACCUAGUCCUAGAUGAUGCGACGGCAGCCAUAGUGCGCCAGAGCGCCAGAGUGGGACGUCUCGUUUGUACUUUAAACUUUUCACUCAAAUUGUUAUGCUGAUAAUUUAGUUAGUACGAUUUUUCUUUUUUAAAUUAGAAAAAUGCAAAGUAUAAUUAGUAAUGAUGUGUAAUAUAUAUUUUAUUAUACAGUACUAGGGUGUAUGCACUGCUUUAAAAUUCUUCAUGGAAAUUGUCCCUGUUUUUUUCUCUGCACCAUGUCUUUCAUUACCAUUCAAGAAAAAACAUCAACGUAAUACUUAUUGUGUUGAGUCUCAUAGAAUUUAUAGAUAAUAAUUGUUUAAAGACAUAAAUAAAAUUUGUAUCUUUGUAACAUGAGUUUGAGUGAUGAUGAAAGCUUCUAAAAUGCCUUAAAGAUCAAUGAAAUGAAGUAAUCGUACACAUUUGUAGUUUUCAUAUGUUGGGCUUCUUGUGUAAAGUCCUCUGGAUGGCAGCACAGAGCAGCAGCAUCAGUUUUAUGUUGGCCUUUGUAUUUAUGCUUGUCAGUUUUUAUUAUGGUGACUGCUCAACUUAUUGUUAAAGUUUUCAUUUGGUUCAGCCACUGCAAUAUGCUGUUACAAACAAAUGAGUGAAAGAUCUCGUCCACAAUGUUGAAGCGCAAGAGUUACAAGACCCCAAAUGUAAAUGGAAGUUUUGUAGUUUUGACAUCAUCUAAAUCCUAGUGUACUCCCUAAAAGUUGACAAAACUAACUUUUAGUAGAUGUACACAUUUACAAUUUAAGUCCUUUUGACAUUUAAGCACAUGCAGGAUAUGAAUAUAAUUAUAGAUAUUGUAUUAUAUUUUUACUAGUUAAAAUGCUUAUUCUUGAUAUCAUCAUGAUAGUGAAAAUGCAAUAUUUGAUGUAUACGAAUAGUAUACAGUAGUUAGGUUUGCAUUAGUAAAAAUGUUCAUUGUGAUGAUGUCAUUACUCACAGAAAUGCCCUUUACUGAUGUCAAAACUGGAAUUUCGUCUAUUAAAAACAUAAUUAUAUAUCAUAUCUGUAACUAUUUUCCCUAGUAGAAUUUCACAGUGAUCUGUCAUUCACCAAAACAAAACAGUUACAGAUAUCUAUAAAUAAUUAUUUACUAUUUGAAAACAUAGAUUUGCAAUGCAUUUCUUACUAGUACAGAUGAUUAUUUUUAUAUCAAUCACUACAUUUUUACUAGUGCAAAUGCCCAUUCCUGAUAUUAACAUUUUUCACUAGUAAGAAGUAUGAUAUGUGUAUUUGAAAUUUAAAUGAGUAAGACAUUAAUGAUAGAUAUCUGUACUAUGUUUUGAAUAGGAGUCAAUGACAGAUCAUUGUGAAAUUCUACUAAUGCAAACUUGCAGUAAUUACUGAUAUCAAGAAUAAGCAUUGUCACAAAUGGAAAUUAAAUAGCAGAUUUUCACGUCAAGCAUGUGAUUAAAAGUCCAUCUGUCUUGCAACAGUCUCUUUCGGGAAAACAGAUCAACAUAUUUAUGACAUGAGGUCUUUAGGUGCUUAAAGUAGGUCAGAAAGGACAUAUAAACAGUUAAAAGUUAGCAUUGCAUAUAAUUUUACAAACACCUGCACACAGGCAAUGCUACACUUGUUCCAUGAAAAAAAGCUUUUCAAACAUUUUGCUCCACCUUUAAUUGGAUAGUUCACCAAAAAAUUAGAAUGAUCUCAUCAUGUAUUCACCCUCAUGUGGUCCCAGAUGUGUGUGACUUUCUUUCUUCAACAGAACACAAACAGAGAUUUGUAGAAGAAUAUAUCAGCUCUGUAAGUCCAUUCAAUGCAAGUGAAUGAUGACCAGAACUUUGAAGCUCCAAAAAGCACAUAAUGCAGCAUAAAAGUAACAAGACUCCAGUGGUUAUAUCCAUUUCUUCUGAAGCAAUGUGAUCCUUUUUAACUAUAAAUCUCCACCUUGGACCAGCUCCAGCCAGUAGGUGUCUGAACGUGAAAGUCACUUCCACACCAGAAUGUAGGAGAGGAAUGUAGAUUUACAGUUUUUAAAGAACUAAAAUCUGGUUCUCACCCACACAUAUCAUAUCACUUCAGAAGACAUGGAUUAAACCACUGGAAUCUUUAGAAUAAAAUAUAUGCUGCAUUUAUGUGAUUUUUGUAGCUUCAAAGUUCUAGACCCUGUUGACUUGCAUUGUAUGGACCUACA